AUGUUUAUUUGCUUGCCGUUGUUUAUCGGUAAACGCGAAUGGGUGAAGCCUUACGCCGGCAACGAAGCAGGAAGGUACAAUGAAUUGUACUGUCCGAGUUGCAGGAGUUAUAGCGUUUAUCCUGUUAAGAAACGCGAAUUUGUGACUGUACUCUUUGUUCCAAUUAUUCCAUUAUACUGGGGGAACCAAUUGUGUUGCCGUGUAUGUAGGUGGAACCAAGACUUUGAUAGCCAGCAACAGUUGGACAAAGUUUUGAUGGAACAGAAAAAUAUCAGAGAAGGCGCCGCAGCCGCAGGCGGCUAG